AUGGAGGUGCUCAGCCAGCUGUCCUGGCAGCACGUCGCUGGCACCAUCGUCGUGUACCUUGCAAGCCUCGCCUUCUACCGCCUGUUUCUGCAUCCGCUCGCCAAGUUCCCCGGCCCGCGGCUCGCCGCUGUCUCGCGCUGGUACGAGGCCUACUAUGACGUUGUUUGCAAUGGCAAGUACACGUUUAAGAUAGAGGAAAUGCACAAGAAAUACGGCCCCAUCAUCCGCAUCAGCCCCUUCGAGCUCCAUGUCAGCGCCCCUGCCUUCUUCGAGAAGCUCUACAACCACGACGGCCCAUGGAACAAGUACGCCUGGGCCUACGACGCCUUCUCCGCCAAGCCGUCGACAAUCUGCACCAUCGAGCACGACGUCCACAGGCAGCGUCGCGCCCCGCUCAGCGCCUUCUUCUCAAAGGCCAACGUCGCCGCCAAGCAGGAAAUCAUCCGCCGGCGGACGGCCCAGCUCUGCGGCCGCAUCGCCGAGUUUGCCGGCGACAGGACCGCCGCCGUCAACCUCGGCACUGCCAUGAGCGCCUUUGCCCGCGACGUGGCCAUCGAGUUCAUCCUCGGCAAGCGCUACAACAACCUGGAGAGCAAGGACUUUAGCGCUGCCUUUACAAACGUCCUCCAGGGCGCCGGCGCCGUCUGGCGAAUCACCAAGCAUGUCCGCUGGUUCGGUCCCUUUAUGAAGUCUCUGCCUCCUUCGCUGGUUGCCAAGCUGGGAGACGAGGGUCCAAAGGGCUUCUUUGCCUUUCUCAAGGACACCAUGACGCUGACCAGAGACACCAUCUCGUCCUCGACGAGGUCUGCCGUCUCGGCGUCGGAAAAACUGGCUGCCCCUGCUCCGGCAAACCCUCCUCCUCCCGACGAGGAAAAGUCUGGAGCCCGCAUCAACGACGAGGUCGGCACCGUCAGCGGAGCCGCGUUCGAGACGACGGCCCAGUCCCUGCGCCUGAUCGUCUACUACGUAUACAGCGACCCCGACAUCCUCAGCCGGCUGCGGGCUGAGCUCCGCUCCGCCACCGACGACGGCGCCGGAAGCCUGAGCCUGGCUGCCCUCGAGAAGCUGCCCUAUCUCACCGCCGUCUUGAUGGAGGGCCUGCGCCUGAGCCCGGGGCUUGCCACGCGCACGGCGCGCGUCGCCCCGAACCGGGAACUGGUGUACGGCCAGUGGCGCAUCCCCGCGGGCACGCCCGUCGGCAUGACCACCAUGUUGAUGCACAGGGACGAGCAGCUGUAUCCCGAACCCAAGCGGUUCAGUCCUGACCGCUGGGUGGAUAUGGAAGUGCGCAGAAAGGCACACAAGACGUACGCUCCCUUCGCCAGGGGCACGCGCAUCUGCCUCGGCAUGCAUCUUGCGUGGGCCGAGCUGUACAUGGUCGUUGCUUCGCUCGUGCAACGUUUCGACUUCGAGUUUGACGGCGCAGGCCCCAAGGACGUUGAGCCUGUGAGUGAUCAGUUUACCAUUGGGACCGAGGACCAGUCCGGCAUCAAGGCCUUUGUUACGCUGUAUAACGGUUGA